CUAUAAAAGGAUACUCAAGGAAUACACUUAGGUACCAAAAUAGGAAAAGGCAAAAGAUAUUAAGGGUGACAAAAAAGUAUAUUAAAGAGAUGGCUAAUAAGUUGUCAAUGGUUUUUAUUUUUCUUGGUUUAUUAGCAAUUGUUUGUACCACAAGAGCUAGAGAAGUGCCAAGUGAGAAAGGACUUGUUGAUCAAAAGAAUUUUGUGGGGUUUGGUGGUGUUGGAGGAUUUAGUGGUGUUGGGGGUGGGGUAGGUGGUGUUGGUGGACUUGGUGGGGUAGGAGGUCUUGGUGGGGCAGGGGGUGGUGGUGGACUUGGUGGAUUAGGUGGUUUGGGUGGUGGUGGUGGUGGACUUGGUGGAUUAGGUGGUUUGGGGGGUGGUGAUGGUGGACUUGGUGGAUUAGGUGGGUUGGGUGGUGGUGGACUUGGGGGACUAGGUGGGUUGGGUGGUGGUGUUGGGGGACUGGGUGGGUUGGGUGGUGGUGGUGGUGGACUUGGUGGAGGAGGGGGGUCGGGUGGAGGUUGUGGACCUUGUAGUGGUGCAAGUCUUCCAAAGCCAUGAGACCAUGAGAAGAAUAUUUCAUGAGUUCAUUUUAUAAUUUGAAGUUAUAUUUUUCAUGCAAGUUUGGGUAUUAAAGUUCAUUAAGAAAGUAAUUUUUUUUAUUUUUUUUUGUAAUUUUGGUUUGAGUUUGUGUGAACUUUUUGCAAUGUAUUGACAUAUUUUCCAAUUAUUCCUAGUGUUGAAUGUUGUGUUAUUUAUUAUUACACGGUAUUAGUUUAAUAAAAGAUUUACCUUUCACAC